GGCUGAGGCUGCUGGCACGGAGCGCAUCCCGCCGGCCCGGAGCGCCCGCACCGCGCAGCCUGCCCGGGAAACCUGCCCUUAGCUCCGCACUGCUCGGAUCCGCGGCGGCUGCCCUGACCUGUGAAGCCCCUUCACUCACACUCCGACAGGGAACAGUGCUACUCCAUUGUGGUUUUGACCAUGAGUCAUGAGGAAUAAACCAAAGCAUUGAAGGUCAUUGUCCAAGGAAAUUGUUAUUCACAUUAACAAGAUUGGCAUCAAAAAGGCACAGGAAGAUGUAGUGUUCCGGCGGGAGGCGCAGCAGCCGGAGCGAGUGCUGGGCCGGGGGCUCCAGGCGGGAUUGCCCUCCCUGCCACGGCCUCACCAUGUCCAAGAAGGGCUCCAGCAGCCGGGCCAGAGGGGACAAGCCGGAUGCCUUGGCCGCCCUGCAGGCUGCCAAUGAGGAGCUCAGGGCCAAGCUCACUGACAUCCAGAUAGAGCUCCAGCAGGAAAAGAGUAAGGUCAGCAAGUUGGAAAGAGAGAAAAACCAGGAAGUAAAGCAGAUCAAGGAGCACGAACAGCAUAAAAGCACCGUGGUGGUCACAGAGCUCAAAGUCAAACUGCAUGAGGAUAAAAUGAAGGAGCUCCAAGCUGUUCGAGAAGCACUUCUGAGACAGCACGAAGCUGAACUGCUCAGAGUAAUAAAAAUUAAGGACAAUGAAAUCCAGAGACUGCAGACCCUGCUCAACGCCGUGCGCGAUGGGGGUCCCGACAAGGUGAAAACGGUGCUGCUCUCGGAGGCCAAGGAGGAGGCCAAGAGGGGCUUUGAGGUGGAGAAAAUCAAAAUGCAGCAGGAGAUUUCUGAGCUGAAGGGGGCUAAGAAACAAGUGGAGGAGGCUCUAACCAUGGUCAUCCAAGCUGACAAAAUCAAAGCAGCAGAGAUCAGGAGUGUGUAUCACCUGCACCAGGAGGAAAUCACCAGGAUCAAGAGGGAGUGCGAGAGAGAGAUUCGUAGACUGAUGGAGGAGAUUAAGUUUAAGGACAGAGCAGUCUUCGUGCUGGAGAGAGAGUUAGGGGUGCGAGCCGGGCAUGCUCAGAGACUGCAGCUCCAAAAGGAGGCUUUAGAUGAACAACUGUCCCAGCUCAAAGAGUCUGACCGGCAUCUGAGCAGCCCCAAGCGGGAACUUCCUUAUGCAAGUGGUGCAGGAGACGCUUCAGAUCAUUCGGGAAGCCCCGAACAGCAGUUGGAUGAAAAGGAUGCCCGGCGCUUCCAACUGAAAAUCGCGGAGCUGAGCGGCAUCAUCAGGAAGCUGGAGGACAGGAACGCCCUGCUGUCGGAGGAGAGGAACGAGCUGUUAAAACGUCUCAGAGAAGCGGAAAGUCAGUAUAAGCCCAUUCUGGACAAGAACAAACGCCUCAGUAGGAAGAAUGAGGAGUUGUCACAUGCCUUACGUCGAAUGGAAAAUAAAUUGAAAUUUGUGACACAAGAAAAUAUCGCGAUGAGGCAAAGAACUGGAGCAAUAAGGAGACCAAGCUCCUUAAAUGACCUUGACCACAGCCAGGAAGAAAGAGAAGUUGAUUUCCUGAGACUACAAGUUAUUGAGCAGCAAAACAUCAUUGAUGAACUCUCCAAGACCCUGGAGACUGCUGGCUAUGUGAAGAGUGUCAUGGAACGUGAUAAGCUGUUAAGGUUCAGGAAGCAAAGGAAAAAAAUGACAAGAAUUCCUAAGAAGCCGGUUGUGGAGACAUUUUACGGCUACGAUGAUGAAGCUUCCCUGGAGUCAGAUGGUUCCUCCAUCUCCUACCAAACUGACCGGACAGACCAGACCCCCUGCACUCCUGAGGAUGACUUAGAAGAGGGCAUGGCCAAGGAGGAGACAGAGCUGCGGUUCCGGCAGCUGACCAUGGAAUACCAGGCCCUGCAACGAGCCUAUGCCCUGCUGCAGGAGCAGGUCGGAGGGACCCUGGAUGCAGAACGAGAAGUUAAGACACGUGAGCAGCUCCAAGCAGAAAUCCACCGGUCCCAGGCUCAGAUAGAAGACCUGGAGAAGGCCCUGGCUGAGCAGGGACAGGACAUGAAGUGGAUUGAGGAGAAGCAAGCACUCUACAGAAGAAAUCAGGAACUGGUAGAAAAGAUCAAACAGAUGGAAGCCGAGGAAGCUCGUCUGAAACAUGAUGUCCAGGACGUGAAGGACCAAAACGAGCUUCUGGAGUUCAGGAUCUUGGAGCUGGAAGAGAGGGAGAGACGAUCCCCUGCCAUCAACUUCCUUCACGGCCCGUUCACAGAGGGGAAGAGCCCCCUCCAGGUGUACUGCGAGGCAGAAGGUGUAACAGACAUAGUAGUAGCAGAGCUGAUGAAAAAAUUGGACAUUUUAGGGGAUAACGCCGUAAGUAAUCUGACCAACGAAGAGCAAGUAGUCAUCAUACAAGCAAGGACUGUCCUCACAUUGGCUGAAAAGUGGCUCCAGCAGAUCGAGGUGACGGAGUCGGCGCUGCAGCAGAAAAUGCUGGACCUGGAAAACGAGAAGGAGCUGUUCAGCAAGCAAAAGGGCUACCUGGAUGAUGAGCUGGACUUCAGGAAGCAGUCCCUGGACCAGGCUCACAAGCAAAUUCUGGAAUUAGAAGCCAUGCUCUAUGAUGCCCUGCAGCAAGAAGCUGGAGCCAAAAUUUCCGAACUUCUUUCAGAAGAGGAGAAGGAGAAGCUGAAGAGCGCCGUGGAGCAAUGGAAGCGGCAGGUGAUGAGUGAGCUCCGGGAGAGGGACGCCCAAAUCCUGCGGGAAAGGAUGGAGCUCAUUCAGCACGCACAGCAGAGAAUUAAAGAGCUAGAAGAAAGAAUUGAAGGCCAAAAAAGACAAAUAAAAGAGUUAGAGGAAAAGCUUUCAUUCUUUGGUCAUAGCCCUUCAGGCCACAUGCACAAGCCUACUGAGAGAGCUACAGCUGCUCCUGCUGUUAUUCCCAGGAAGACAGCCCUGCUUCCUGAGACCGAAACAGAGACAUUGCCCUUUCCACCCCCCCAGAUCUCUCUCAUACUUUGCUACUGGCAAUGGAAGGUGCAAUCCUUGUGAUCCUUUCAGACUGGGGCUGGACCAGGGGGUGUGGAGAUCCCUGCACAGGCCACAUCCACACCACUGAAAUCCCUGACGGAGCAUUUGGAAAAGGCAGAACUAAGCUGACAAUGAAAGCCAAAAACUCUCCUCCUCCCUCUCCUACAGCCCUCUCCCGGAGUCCUGGCUCUGCUGCUUGAACUAACCUCCAGUGGAAUCCUGGCUCUGCUGCUGGACACAGCUCUUGGCUCUGUCAGGAGCGACAGAACUAAUUCAGAUGCACUGAAUUAUUUUGGUUCCCUGCUAAGCAGGUGGCAAAUUGCUUCUGUGUAGAAGUGCCCGUGUCCUGUUUGUAUGUCACACAUUUAUAUUUGUUAUCCAUAGUUCUUUAAAAAUCUCUUUUGAAAGAAGACUUUAGGAAGAGUUCCAGAGGAGUAGCUCGUGACAAGAUGAAUAGGAGUGAAAAUGAAGUGGUUUGUUCCAACGUAUUUCUUCGUAACACAGGGUUUGUCCCGUGGUUUGUUGAAUAUCCCAAGAGCUCAGUUUUAGGGAAAAUCAUGAAGCUACAUUCAGGAAAUCAAGCUGUAAAUUUUUUUUUUGAGUUUUCAGAAAACCAUGAUGAGCAAAAUGACACAAUAAUUUAUAAUUUGCUGUCCCUGAGUGAUGAUAAAAGGCUAAACACUGUCCCAGCAAAAAGUUCAGCCUGGGAAAGAGUGAACUAAAACAAUUAUCCCUGAUCCACACGUGCUGGGCUGGGGGAGGCAGCAAGAGGGAGCAGAAGAUGUUGUCAACUGGAAGAUGAUGUCAGCUGGAAAAUGUCCUCACCUUGGGGAAAGGGAGCACAAAUCCCAUGGAUCCCAAGCCCAGGAGGCUGGUGCAGGAACCAGGAAGGAAAAGGAAUCCUCCAGAAAAACAGCUGAAGAGGGGAAAUCCGGAAGAAAUUCCAGACUGUCACAGACCACAUGGGAUCUGCAGCUGAGCACAGAAACCCGGGGCUGUGGAGCAAGGCCAGGAACAAGGUCCUGUUCACAGCCAUGGCAAAGAUCCCAUCCCUGGGAGCACAGGGCAGGAAGGAGACAGAGCUCCGGGCAGGAAUUGCUUCUGAGAAUUCCUGGGGUGUUACUGUCCCCCUGUGAGCAGUGUGUCCCUGUCUAGGGUCUACUGGGGAGGGACGAAAGGGCCACCUGACCUCCAGGACCUGGUGUGGUGAAAGGUGUCCCUGCCCAUGGCAGGGGGUGGAAUGAGGGAAAAUCCAGCAAUUGGCUAAGCCUGUGCCAACUUAGACUUAACUGAGAGCUGCUUAACACAACACAGCACAGCCCAUGGAAUGGAACUGAAAAUCCCAUGUUGGGGAGAGGAGCCCAGCUGUAGUUAAUUCCUGUGUUUAUUUUGUUCUGUAGGUACCUGCACUGCUUCCAAAGCUUGGCUCGAGUUUGUAAAGCUAUGAAGAAAACCCCUUGAUACUGAAAUUCUAAACCCUCUCCCCACACUUGUGCAUUGACCACUUCUUUUCACCCAGCACAGGGAGCUCAGCUGUGGAAACGGAGUAAGUUGUUCAAAUGUGAUACUGGUACUGGAUGGAUGCAACGUUUUAAGGCAAAGGUUGUGGAUUUUGAUAUCAGCAAAUGAUUAUAUUAUGGAAUUAAUUUAACAAACUCCAAUUCUACCAGAUCCUGAUACCAGUGCUGGGAUUCUAGGAUGAGCUGCAUUUUCUCUUCUGCAUUUCUCACCUAAAACAGUUCCAUUUUGAGUUCUACUGAAACACUUCAUGUCUUAAAAUAUUGUAUUUACUGGAAGCCCUGCAGGUGAUGGUUGAGGUGUGUGUUAGGAAGUGACUUGGGUCCAUCACAUGGCUCUUCACUCAGGCUGUGCUCUUGCCUGUUGUGUGUUUCUGUCUCAAGUAUCAGUUCUGUUUUCCCAUUGACUUGACUUCCUUAAUCCUGGGGGUUUUAAUUACAAAGCCAACUGUACAGGACAGAUCUGUGUGUAAAUAAGGGAUUGUGCUUAUCUAUAUGUCAAUAUAAAUAUGUAAGAAGAUUUGUACAUAGGAAAGAAAAAAUGGCUCCAAGAAUGUUUUCGGAACUGUUUGCUCUGUAUAAAUGCACAGAGGGGAUUGACAUCCAUGUGCUCCCUGACUCCACAGGAAGGGAUUCUGCUGGGUUCUUGGUCUCUGUCUGUGACCCCUCUGGGCUCUGUGUGAUGAGUUUGUUUGAUCAGUCCCUGGCCGUGGCUUGGGGCCGAGCUGGAGCCGGUGCUGUCCAUGAGAUGAGCUGUGUCGGGUCUCGGCUGCUCCCUCCUCACCUCUGGCCCUGGUGCAUCUUCUAAAACACGGUCUCCAAGCCCCAGGACCACGGUGAGGGGACAGGGCCCUCACUUGGGGGGUUCCUGCAGCCCCUCAGUGCGGGUGUACAGCAGCAGGAGGAGGGGGGGCCACCCCCUCAUCCCAAACCCGCCGCCAUGUGUGUGUCAGGCCUGGACUUCUUGUUCAAGCUGUUGGAGGAUGUGGCUGUUAUUUCCAGUAUUCUGCUUUAUAAUAUCUGUAGCCUUCAGUGAUUCCUUGAGUGCCUUACACGGCUUGUGAACUGAAUUCCUGACCAGGAAGAGACAAUGCCCCUGGACUGGCGCCGGCUCCUUGGACCCGGCAGUGUGUGUGUGCACAGGAACAGGUUUAGCUUCGACUCAGGAAAUCGCCCUGUGAAUACGUGUAUUAAACCCUGUAUGAUGUGUUGUACAGUUUAUAAAAAGGGAUUGUUGUAAACUUAUGCAAAACAUUAACGCGGAGAAAAUGGAGUUUUUUGGUCCCCUGGCCGGCGUGACCUGUAUCCUCUAAUCCAACCCCAAAAUCAUAUCCAAAAUACAGAACAUUGGGUUCAGUGCUGCAACAGCCCGAAACCAGGGGCUGGAGCGAUUGAGUACAGAAUUUUACACAUAUUUUUGUAUCGUGAUUCCUAUGAUAUAUAUGGACAGACUUUCUAUUCCUUUGUAAAAUACAUAAAUUAUUGUCAACUUUUAAUAAAAAGAUCUGUUUUAAACCUUCAAA